ACGUGCCAUCGCCUUCGCACAAUCUCUCUUGACCCUCUCCUCCACCACUACCGCCUCCGCAACGCCCGAUUUCUGCUGACCUCGUUUCUCAACUCUCCGUGCCGCCCGUCUCUUGGUGAUCUCAUGUCCCGAUCCAUCUUCCUGACCCAAAACACCAUCAUAUCACGGCGGUUGGCACGGUCACUCAUCUCCAUCCGCCUCUCGCGUCGCCUUGCCUCGCGGCUUUCCGCGAGAGACCUUGUCCAGCGAUGUGUGUUGCCUCAGGAGUGCGUGCCAGGCAUGUUCCCUGUGCACAUUGCACCAGGUCUCGUAGCCAAGCGCAAAAGCAUUGAAAAGGAACGUAUCAAAGACGGCCUGAGGCGGUGGAUUUCCGUCAAGUGGAAGCGUCAAGUCAACGAGCGAGCAGAAGAUGCGCGCAGGUCGGACGAGAUACUCGGCGUCGGCCGCGUCUGGAAACUGCGCCGCUUUUGGGAGAGGAUGAGCCGUGGCGAGUUGCCGGUUCAUGGCCGUGGCCAGCUGCCCGUUGAUGGGAGCAGAGGUUGGUGA